AUGAGCAACCUGAAAAAUAGCAAUAGAGGGAAAUUACCAUCUCAAGUAAUUCCAAAUCCCAAGGAGAAUGCCAGUGCAAUGCAAUUACGGAGUGGCAAGGAGGUACAGUCUCCUAGGCGUGCCCACGCCAGAGAAGAAGUGCCCAGAAAGGUGGAAGAGGAAGAACAGAAACAAUCCUCUGAAAUCUCAAAGAAAGUUGACAUUUCUCCUCUUUUUCCUAGCAGGUUUACAAAAGCUAAAAAGGAAGAAUCUGAGAAAGAGAUUUUGGACACCUUCAGGAAAGUGGAGAUCAAUAUUCCUCUGCUGGAUGCUAUUAGGCAAUUGCCUAAAUAUGCUAAAUUUUUGAAGGGCUUAUGCACUAAUCGCAAUAAAUUGAGUCUGGAUGACAAGGUGAAGGUGGGGGAGAAUGUCUCAGCGAUGUUUCAAAGGAAGUUGCCCCAGAAAUGCAAAGAUCCAGGUAUGUUUACUAUACCAUGCAUAAUUGGCAAUCAAAGAAUUGAAAAGAGCAUGCUUGACUUAGGUCCUUCAAUAAAUGUCAUGCCUCUUUCAAUUUUCAAAGUUUUGAAUUUAGGACCCCUCAAAGAAACUAGGGUAAUCAUUCAACUAGCAGAUAGGUCUAAUGUCUACCCUGAGGGCCUAGUUGAAGAUGUUCUAGUAAAGGUUAAUGAAUUCAUUUUUCCUGUGGAUUUUUACAUUGUUGAUAUGAAUGAUGAAUACUCUACUAAUUUAGCAGUGAUUCUUUUGGGUAGACCCUUCAUGAGUACAGCAAGGACUAAAAUAGAUGUACAUGAAGGAACUUUAUCUGUGGAAUUUGAUGAAGAGAAUGUCACUUUCAAUAUUUUUGAUGCAAUGAAGCAUCCUAUGGAUACUGAGUCUGUAAAUUUUGUUGGCAUGACUAACACCAUUGUGCAAGAGAAUUUUGAACAGAAUUUCAUGGGGGACAAGUUGGACUUUGUCUUACAACAAGGCAAGACCAAUUUGAAAGUGGACGACAUAGAGGAGGAAGAAGUCAAAGAAGCUAUCAUGUCCUUACAUUCACUACAUCCGCUUCCAGGCAGGUUUGAAAAUUCUUUUCUACCAUUACCCACUUCUAAUGAAAGAAUUCUACCUUCUGUUCAACAGGCACCUAAUGUGGAAUUGAAGGAACUGCCCGAGCAUUUGAAAUAUGCUUACUUGGGAGAUAACAAGACUUUGCCUGUAAUCAUUGCCAAUGAUUUAACUGCGUUGCAAGCAGAGAGGCUCUUACGGGUCUUACAGGAAUUUAAACCAGCAAUUGGAUGGACGUUAGCAGAUAUCAAAGGCAUCAAUCCAUCCAUUUGCAUGCAUCACAUUCUUUUGGAAUCGGACGCAAAACCCGUGAGAGAGCAUCAACGCAAGCUCAAUCCCGCAAUAAAGGAGAUGGUGAUGAAAGAGAUUCUCAAACUCUUAGAAUUAGGAAUUAUUUUUCCUAUCUCUGACAGCCAGUGGGUAAGUCCAGUCCAUGCUGUUCCCAAGAAGACUGGAAUCACAUUGGUGAAAAAUGAAAAGAAUGAGUUAGCGCCAAUGAGAUUGCAAAAUGGGUGGAGAAUGUGCAUUGACUUUAGGAAGUUUUUUCUCUGA